CGGCGCGGCGCCCCGGCUGUCGGGCAGCCUUGCACCCUCAGGUGCGGGGAUCGGGAGUCCCCUGCCUCCGGCUGGGCUUGGGCAGCGGCGGCCCUGCGAGCUUCCCGCACCGCCUGCCGGCCUCGGGCGCUGACCUCGGGGGCGCUGCCGAGGAGCCAUGGCCGAAGGACGCGCCGCCGCCGACUGGGAGAUCGACGUGGAGAGCGUGGAGGGGGAGGCGGCCGAGGCGGCCGGCGCGCCGCUCAGCAGCGCCAGCCCGGAGCGGGAAGAGGAAGAGGAGGAAGGCGAGGAGGCGGCGGCGGCUGCCCCGCGGCGGGGCGAGCCGCGGAAGCUGAGCCGCACGCCCAAGUGCGCCCGGUGCCGCAACCACGGCGUGGUGUCGUGCCUGAAGGGACACAAGCGGUUCUGCCGCUGGCGCGACUGCCAGUGCGCCAACUGCCUGCUGGUGGUGGAGCGGCAGCGCGUCAUGGCCGCCCAGGUGGCACUCCGACGGCAGCAGGCCACCGAGGACAAGAAGGGGCUGGCGGGGAAGCAGGCGAGCCUGGAGCGCAAAGCCGUCUACCAGAGGCACGUCCGGACGCCCAGCCUCCUGGCCAAGAGCAUCCUGGAAGGUUACCGUCCUAUUCCAACAGAGCCUUACCUGGGAGGGAAUUCACCCUUGCCACCCCCUGUAAGUGACAGGAUGAGAAAGAGACGGGCUUUUGCUGAUAAAGAGUUGGAGAACAUUAUGCUAGAGAGAGAGUAUAAAGAGAGAGAGAUGAUGGAAGCUACACAAGCAGCUGCCCUUUUUCUCCCUAAUCGCAUGGUGCAUGGAGCUGAAUACAACUCAUAUAAAACAGCCUUUAACACUAGUCAAGUUGAUACUCCAAACAAGGAGUUUUGCAAUUUUUUACCAACCUGCCUUGAUCUAACCAUGCAGUGUUCAGGAUCCAGCAACAUGGAAUUAAUUUCUUCAAAUGUCAGUGUAGCUACUACCUACAGGCAGUAUCCCCUGUCUUCUAGGUUCUUAGUGUGGCCAAAAUGUGGCCCCAUUAGUGAUGCUCUCCUCUACCAGCAAUGCCUGUUAAACGCUACUACUGUCCAAGCUCUCAAACCUGGGGCAGGUUGGGAUGCCAAGGUCUCACAAAGUCAGGACUGUCCAAACACUGAGCACAGCAUCAUGUCUCCAAAACUGGAAAAUUCACUUAUUCUGACCCACACGCAGGGCAUUCAGCAGUCAUGUAGUGAGAUAUCAUGCCUUCCACAGGAAGCUCGUGAGAGGUCAGCUUUCUCUCCUCCAAAGAGGGCUUUCUGUCAGAUUUCUGAUAAGGAUUCUCUGGCUCCUCAGGGGCAGGUAUUAAGCAAGAUCAGCAAAGACAGUAGCAAGCCCCCUCCACCACUCAAAUACAAUUCAUUUCAGUCGCUGUUCCAGCAAACGUUUCCUGACAGAUCAGGAGCAGAGUUGAGAUCAUUUGUGAAAGAGAAUUUUGAAGAUGCUUCUAAGAAAUACAGAGAAUGUGCCAUUAAAGAGAACCAAAACCACAAGUUUAGUAUAGACAAAUGCCCAAAAGACUUCUUUGGGCCUAAACAGGCCACACCAAAAGUUUCAACAACUGAGCCACUGUCAUUUUCAGUUGAAUCCAUUCUUAAAUAACCUUCUGCAGUGGCUAAUGUCUCUCAAUGAAUAAAGUGAAUAAACUAUACCCUAAGCGUAGAGAGUUUGUAUGCUUUGC